UGCCAGUGUUGUUUACCUAAAGGAUGGUCUUUGGUUGCUGUGACAUAUUGCAUUGUUUCCAGGUACUUAUAGAUAUAAAUACAGUGCAGUGUGUGUUAUUCAUCACGUUGAAACUGAAACAGAGUCCCGCCACUCAUCAUCAGAAAGACGUUAUAUCUUCGAAACCCAGUCAACAUUUAGUGAAAGUAUCUUCCCGAAAUGGACCAUUGACUUCCAAAGCAUCGCUCACAUAUUUGAAGUCUGUACAAACAACCAAAGACUUUUCUUCGGACUAUGGGUCCCAUAUACAUCAAACAAGUACUUCAUCUAGCAAACUAUUGAGUACAUCUUGUCACAACGGAAUCUCGAGAACCUCUUCCAUCAUCAAAGACCUGCCAUUAGCGGAGACAACAAAAUUAUCCUCCAGACUGAACUUGAAUCACCACCAGCUGCCACAGCCAAAGUUGGCCACAACUCCGAUGUCUCCGGCCGCCGAUACGUUUCCGGCUAUCAACAACAAUUCCCGCACCACACAUUCACUCUCCAACAACAACAAAGAGGAACAUGAUUUUCCGAUGACUCCCUCAGAGGCAUUGCGCCUUUACGGAAAUCGACUAUCAGACUACGAAAAGACUGAAAUAGAAAAAUAUUCAAAGAUCUGGUAUCUCGGAUUAUCUGCCUGUAAGAUACUUGGAGAACAAGGAGCAUCACAAAAUGGUGGAUACGAUGAUGACAGUGGAAGUUAUAACAAAGUGUUGCACGAUCACAUCUGCUACCGGUACGAGAUCCUCGAGGUGAUCGGAAAGGGCAGCUUCGGGCAGGUCAUCAGGGCGCUCGAUCACAUGACCAACAAGCACGUCGCCAUCAAGAUCAUCAGGAACAAGAAGCGCUUCCACCACCAGGCGCUGGUCGAGGUGCGCAUUCUCGACCACCUCAGGAAGAAGGACAAGGACAGCUACCACAACGUCAUCCAUAUGCUGGAGUACUUCUACUUCAGGAACCACCUGUGUAUCAGCUUCGAGCUACUAAGUCUCAACCUCUACGAACUAAUAAAGAAAAACAACUAUCAGGGAUUUAGCUUGAAUCUAAUCAGACGGUUCGCCAACUCACUCCUUAAAUGUUUAAGGUUACUGCAGAAGGAGAAUAUCAUUCAUUGUGAUCUCAAACCGGAAAACGUACUCUUAAAGCAGAGAGGCAGCAGCUCAAUAAAAGUAAUAGAUUUCGGAAGUUCGUGUUACUCCAACCAGAGGGUUUACACGUAUAUCCAGUCGAGGUUCUAUAGAUCUCCAGAAGUAAUAUUGGGACUCACUUAUGGGAUAUCUAUCGAUAUGUGGAGUUUAGGUUGUAUUUUAGCUGAAUUAUAUACAGGAUAUCCUCUAUUUCCUGGCGAAAAUGAAGUUGAACAACUCGCCUGUCUGAUGGAAGUUUUGGGACCACCGCCUGACGAACUUAUCAGUGCAGCCACCAGAAGGAGGCUAUUUUUCGACUCUCGUGGCAACCCCCGCUGCACAACCAACUCGAAGGGCAGGAAAAGGAAACCCGGAUCCAAAAACUUAGCAGUGGUGCUUCGUUGCAAUGAUCCAAUCUUCAUAGAUUUCAUCUCUAGGUGUUUAGAAUGGAACCCCAAGAAGCGCAUGGCGGCCGACGAGGCGCUGCGCCACCCUUGGAUCCUCUCUGGCGCGCCGGCGCACAAGGCCGGCGAACUCCGGCACAGCCACUCCGAGGUCAACGUCUCCCAUGACAGCCACUCCUCCAGCAGCACGUCGGGCAGCAGCCACAGCCGGGUGCACCACAAGGGCGUGCUGCAGAAGGGCGACAAGGUCAAGGCCAAGAUCGUCGAGACGAGGUUGCACGACAGCGCGGCCAAGCUGGACUCGAAUCUGAACGAUUCGGGCACGUUCCUGCCUCCCAUUUUGUAGAUUUAUGUGUGAGUGCAGCUUUCGCACUUGGGAAACUGGACUGGGAGUUGCGUUUUGAUUGUGAAUAGGGUCGAGUAGUGUGGUAUUGAAUACUCGAUGAGGAAUAUUCUUUCUAGACAAUCUCUUCUUUCAAUUGAACAUGUACCAACAAUAUCAUAAGACACACUUAGGUAAAUAUAUCCAGCGAAACGGAACGAUAUGAUAUAAUGAGACUUCAUUAGGCAGGAACAUUCAUUUCUGUAAAAAAAAUACGAUCACCUUCUUGGCGAUGAGAGAAGGAACACAAAAUAUCUAUAUGGAAUGAUUUUCACAUACUCCUAUUCCUCCCAUUCUGUAGGUUUAGAUGAAGACGUGUCAGUAUUAGCAAACUGGACUGAAAUUUGAGUUUUGAUGGUAAAUAGAGCCGAACAGUUCGAGUACCUAUUGAAUAAUACUCGUUGAGGAUAAUAUUCUUUCUAGCAACCUCUGUUCCCAUUUGAACAUAUUCCCUUUCAGUGAUCACACUGAGGUAUCCCAAAAUAGACCAUAAUAUAAAUAGCAAGAACAUUGUUCUCUUCUGUAAAAAUAUCCCAUAUAGCAUUCGACGUUCAGGGGACGCCCUUUUCAGGUCCGAUUUAGGUCUGAACGUCCAGGACCUCUUCGGGACGUACUGAAAACGUCCAUUUCUAGACGUACUGGGUAUAUACGUACAAUUCCGAUGUUCUGAGUACGUCCAACUUUGGACGUUACCGACUUUUUGUGGACGAGAUUGAAUACAAUGUAUAACGAUGAUUAAAAUCAAUGCAUUUAAUUUUUACCCUCGAUCUCUGAUAUCUAUUCCUGUAGGAACCUUGCUAAAUGAUCAUAAUACAGUUCUCACAAUUCAAUUUUUACUGGCCGUACCUAAUCACGAAACAUUAAUUCAGGUAUUCUCUGCCGUAAUCAUCUAAUUCUAUAAAAGUAUCAAUGCGAAGAGUCACUCGAUAUUCGCCCAUGAUCUCUUGCUGCAUAAUAAUAUAUUAAUAAGUGUUCUGUAGAGUAAUUGGUAGAGUAUCUGCCCGGUAAUUUAAAAGUCCUUGAAUCGAUCCCCAGUACGAGCGCAUUUUUAAAAUAUUUUAUACAAAAUAAGAUCUUUUCUACUCUGUCUAGAUCUAUGUUUUAACUACCUGAGUAAAAGAGGCGAAUUUACGUUGAUGCAGGUAUUCAUGACUAAAUGUACUGAGGAUGUACAAAUGGACAUCCCCAGUACGUACCACACGUCUUGGCCGAACGUUCUCAGUACGUUUUGGGGACGUGUACUGGUGCUAUAUGGGAAUAAAAUGUCCUCACCGUCAUGAAAAAAGGAAUCGGUACAGAAUAACUAUUUUUCAAUUGGGCCAAGCUAGACUCGGGUUCAAAGAAUGAUUCUCACAUGUCUCGUUCUCCAUUUUGUAGAUUUAUGUGCAGCUGUUGCAAUCCGCUAACUGGACUGAAGGAAUUUUUUUUCAACAAUUUGACCAACCUAGACUCGAUUUAAAUAGAAUUUCACACUGCCUGCCUCCUAUUCUGAAGGUGUAGGUGGAGCUGUUCCAGUUGGAAAACUGGACUGGGAUUUGCGUGUUGAUUGUGAAUAGAACCGAGGAGUUCAAGUAUUGAAUAUAGGUACUCCUUGAGGUAAUUUCUUUCUAGACAAUAUCUUCUUUCAUUUGAACAUGUACACUAUUAGUGAUCACAACUAAAGUAAAUGUAUCCCAAAACUUCGUCAUAAAAUAAUGAGUGGAAACAUUAAUUUCUCUAAGAAAUACAAUUACCUUCAUCGUGAUGAGACUAGGAGAUCAGAACUCUUAAUUUGGCCAAGCUAGACUCUGAUUCAAAUCAUUUUGACACAUUCCAAACUUCCAUACUGUAGGUGUACCUAGAGUGCCUCGAACAUUCCAUUACACAUUUCACCACUGAGAUCUUCGAAUUGUCAUCAUUCUCAGAUUCAAAACGUCAGUUUUCGAAUAUGUCUUGUUCGGUAACGAUCUGCAAAUAUUCUAAAAAUGAUGGUUACCAUUUAUUGGAGUUGCCCAAAGAAGAGAGGAAAUUUCAAGAAUUUGUUGAAGCUUCAUAUUCCAAUAAUCAUUUCAUGAAAAUACAUUCAAUGAUGUAAUAUUGAUAUAACUACAAAAUUAGCAUUAUAUGUGCCUUUGGUGUAACGCCACUGUAUGUAAAAAUACAUUACAUCUCUUAUAAAACAUAUUUGUGUCUCAUGUUUUCUGUUGUGCUGUUCAACAGCAUGGCAAGCGUGUCCACACUCUUCAAAGAGCGUGAAAUGAGAUGUUCGAGGCCUUCUAUGUGUAGGCGAAGCUGUUGAAGUGGGUAAACUGGAGACACGUGAUUUUUUGUUUGAUUGUGAAUUGAGCCAAGGAGCUUUGGUAUUAUGUUUCGGUAGUAUGGAUACUCUUCCUAGACAAUCUGAUGUUCUUUCACCUGAACAUUCUGUACACUAUCAGUGAUCAAUUCAUCUCCAAACUCAACGAUGAGAUGGUGAGACAAACUUGAGUAAGGUGAUUUUUGGUUUGAUUGUGAAUUGAGCCAAGGAGUUUGGGUAUUAUGUUUCGGUAGUAUGGAUACUCUUCCUAGACAAUCUGUUCUUUCACCUGAACAUUCUGUACACUAUCAGUGAUCAAUUAAUCUCCAAACUCAACGAUAAAAUAGUGAGGCUACGAUAGGCAAAAAUGUUUCCUCAAUGAAGAAAAUAUCACAACCUUCAUCGCCAUGAAAAAGGGAAUACAGAAUUGAUUAUGUGUUUCAUAAUUAGUUCUCUCUCUUGAACUAAAAGUUCGUUUGUCUCAUAAAACAUUUAGGAUCCUGAUGCUUCCCUCUAAUGGACUGUUAAUCGACUAUAUGUAUUAACAAUAUUCCUUCAUCUUCGAGGCUAUGCCAAUGCAUGAGACAUUCGCUGAUAUAAGACUAUAGAACUUCACCGAAUAAAAUGAUCUUCCUUCUUUCAGUAGGUAACGUAAAAAAGGGCAAUAAUUAAGCCCCUUUUUGUGACUGAUAUUAAGACUUAUAUCACCUUUCACUCACCAGUGAUAUAUGAGUAACUUUCUAUAUAAGUGCAUCGCAUACCUCAACAUGCCUAGGUAAAAGGGCCAACGAUAUCUAUACGACCAAUUAUACUGGCUAAACUGAUAAUUCAUAUAUGGUUAGCAGUUACCAAUUUAUGUAAUAGGUUAUUAGAACAAACUCGUUUCUUUUAGAUCGUAUUACUAAUUUAAGUAAAAUGAUUAGAUACCCAUCAAAAAUUCCAUAACUGGAUAUUCCCACAGCUAAAAUUCUGAUGGAAUUAAACAAUUUGAAAAUAUGAAAAACAAUGAAUUCAAUAAGGGAGGUUUUCAGAAAUAAUAGAACUCCAAAUCGAAUAUUCUAGAGAUCAAUAUUUUCAUUCUUCCAAUUACACACAUGGCUACGUUAUAUGAAGUAAUCGAAAAAAGCUAAGGAUAAUUUUUAACGCGAACGACAUACCUGGUGUCAACGAAGACAAUAAGCCAUAACAUCUAGAAUCUAGAAUAUGCGGUGUAGUAAGUUGGAAUUUGAUAUGGAAAGUUUUCGAAUUAUUUUCACUUCCCGGUGACUUCCGGUUUCACCGGAAAUGGCUCCGGUUUUGAAUUUUUAAAUGGAUCACCCUGUAUAUUAUAACAUUUUUCAAUUCCUGAGAUAUUUCUGGAUCAGAAUAUGAUAUUUCCAGAAGUUUUUACGCCUACUUAAUUUGUUUUAGAGUCACUUUUAUUAUUGCAUCUAGGUGGCCAUGAUCGAACCUAAACGUAUCUAAGGACCUCACAGAUGAUGUCGCAAUAUUAUAAUCGCAAAGUUUCAGUGACUAUAGUAAGAUUGAUAGACAGAUAGAUAGAACUCUCAUUUUUCAGAUGGCAACCAUUUUUGACAAACACUUUCCGAAAAAAUGAGUUUUUGACGAAUUCGAUCUCUAAAUUUAAUCAGGUUGAGUUUAUUGCCCUCCUUCCCAUCCUCUAAUGAGGGUAUGAGGGUCAUAAGUAGCGCACACAAAACUGCUAGGAACUAUUAUUGGGGUAUAGGGUAUACGUAUACAUGGUGUAUAUAAUACCCAAAUUUGAAUUGUCCGUUAUUGAACCUUACGUGUCAUAAUUUUGUGGGAAUAGCCGGUAUAUUACGAUUAGCUCGUCUUAUUGUCAUGACUGAUAUCAAUUGCCUACAUGUUUUUAGAGUUUGCUAUAUGAAUUAGUUGAAUGUGCAAAAUUUUUAUAGUCCAUGUUGAAUAUUUCAAAAUUUAUAUGGCUUGGUAGCGAACAAAUUUGAAUUUUAUCUGUGAUGUGAAUUCAUAGGAUUUCUCUUAUUUAUAUACGUUCAUAUUUUCUGUUCAGUGUAGUCAACUUCUCAAUAUAGAUAGAUGAUACAGGGUGUUCUAGGUUCAACCAAGAAUCGAUGGCAUGCAUUGAAAUAUUUUUUCGUUUUGAUGGAGAAAUUGGUCAUUGUUGAAUGGGAUGAAGAAAUUUUCGGCUUUGUAUUUUCAACUAUAUUGAAACAGAAGCCAUUGCUUCAGAACUUGGUGAGAAUAUGAUAAUGAGUACCAAUAUUUGGUAUCAAUUUGUGGUUGAAUAACUAUACUGGGUGUUAUUCUCUCCCAGCUAUUUGUUAUUGAAUCCUUUUCAAUAAUCUUCAUCAAGUCUCCCACCCAUCUGUAUAUUUAAUUUUUUUAAUAUAUGUUCUGAUUUUCGAGUUUUUGAAUGAAUUGUUAUAAUAUGCUGAAUUACUUGAACCUGAAUGAUUAUAUCUUGGAUUUGUUUAUUCGAUGUGAAAAUAAGAUGUGAUUAUCAAAGCGAAGAAAAUAAAUAUUCGUUGCAAGCUGGAAGCUAUGAUAUCGAUGCCUCUCUGUAAUGGUAAUGAAAUUAGACUUCAAUCCCGGAAACCAAUUUCUCCACAACAAAAUAAAAUAUAUGUAAAUUCAGAUCAAUUAUAUGCAUUCUAUUGAUUUUCAGAGGAACCUGUAAUACCCUCUAAAAGGAUAUGAUAUUGAAAGAAUUGACUUAGAUUUUCGUUGCUCUCCCUCAAUAAAUAGACAACAAAUAUUCUGCCCAAACAUCGAAUUCGUUUUGUAGGUAUAUUUUCCUUAAUAAAGAGAAGUAAUUAUAAAUACAUCUUGUUUUUGAUGCAUGUUCAUAGUUGAUUAGUUAUCGACCGAUUUUAUUUAAAAAUUUUUAGAUGAGUAAUAAAUAUUUAGUGUUACCUAUCUUAUAGUUUGUACAUUUUUUAUUUCAUCAUGAUAAUUUGUAGUGAAAAUGUAAUGAUGUUGUAUAAUGUAUCAUUGUGCAUUGGUCAAUAUACAAGGUGUUAUCAAGAUAUAAUCAUCAUGGAUUUGUUUUCUGGUUUUACAGAAAAAGACGAGAAUUGCACCUCCAUUUUAUAGAAUUAUAAAACAACCUUAUUGGUGUGAAUAAAACAUUUGUAAAUCCCAAUGUGAUAUAUACCGAUAAUAUUGUAGAAGUAGAAGAUAUAAUAAUAUAGUUUAUAGAGCCCUGGCCUAGUGAAAUCAUUACAAGGUACCUAUUACAUAAUCAAAUAAUACUACUUGUAGAAAAUUUUUCAUUUGGCCACAUGAAAUGCACUCUCAUGAAAUUGAUUAUUAUAUUUUACCGCUUAUUCGUUUUAACACAAUAACAGUAAUUUUGGUCGCUUACAGAUUGUAAAUUGUAUUAAAUAUUGUUGUAAGUUGGUAAAUAAGACUGAAAGUAAUAUUUUU